CCAGCUCCGCGGCCCGGCCCGGCCGGCUCCCUCCCUCCCUCCCCUGCAGCCCGCCGCCUGCCCUCCAGCCGGCCGUACCGGGCUCCAGGGGGGCCAGAGGCUCUGCGGGGUGGGGGGAGGACAGGAGGGGAGGAGGAGGGAGGGGGACCCCCGAGUCGCCCCCUCUCCUCCCCCCGCCCCCCGGCUCCAUCCUACGCCGCCGCCGCCCGAGCAGCUGCGGGGCCGCCGCCGCCGCCGCCGCCGCCUUUGCAGGCUGAGUCAUCACUAGAGAGUGGGAAGGGCAGCAGCAGCAGAGAAUCCAAACCCCAAAGCUGGUAUCACAAAGUACCAUUUCUGCAAGUUGGGGGCUCAGAGGGGAGCCAUCAUGAGCGAUGUUACCAUUGUGAAAGAAGGUUGGGUUCAGAAGAGGGAGUCCCCUUUGGUGGAAUCCACAGGCGGAGAGGAAGCACAGGAUUCAUAAGAUGGCGGGCGGGAGAAUAUAUAAAAAACUGGAGGCCAAGAUAUUUCCUUUUGAAGACAGAUGGCUCAUUCAUAGGAUAUAAAGAGAAACCCCAAGAUGUGGAUUUACCUUAUCCCCUCAACAACUUUUCAGUGGCAAAAUGCCAGUUAAUGAAAACAGAACGACCAAAGCCAAACACAUUUAUUAUCAGAUGUCUCCAGUGGACCACUGUUAUAGAGAGAACAUUUCAUGUAGAUACUCCAGAGGAAAGGGAAGAAUGGACAGAAGCUAUUCAGGCUGUAGCAGACAGACUUCAGAGGCAAGAAGAAGAGAGAAUGAAUUGUAGUCCAACUUCACAAAUUGAUAAUAUAGGGGAGGAAGAGAUGGAUGCUUCUACAACUCAUCAUAAAAGAAAGACAAUGAAUGAUUUUGACUAUUUGAAACUGCUAGGUAAAGGCACUUUUGGGAAAGUUAUUUUGGUUCGAGAGAAGGCAAGUGGGAAAUACUAUGCUAUGAAGAUUCUGAAGAAAGAAGUUAUUAUUGCCAAGGAUGAAGUGGCACACACUUUAACUGAAAGCAGAGUAUUAAAGAACACUAGACAUCCCUUUUUAACAUCCUUGAAAUACUCCUUCCAGACAAAAGACCGUUUGUGUUUUGUGAUGGAAUAUGUUAAUGGCGGAGAGCUGUUUUUCCAUUUGUCGAGAGAGCGGGUGUUCUCUGAGGACCGCACACGUUUCUAUGGUGCAGAAAUUGUCUCUGCCUUGGACUAUCUACAUUCCGGAAAGAUUGUGUACCGUGAUCUCAAGUUGGAGAAUUUGAUGCUGGAUAAAGAUGGCCACAUAAAAAUUACAGAUUUUGGACUUUGCAAAGAAGGGAUCACAGAUGCAGCCACCAUGAAGACGUUCUGUGGCACACCAGAGUAUCUGGCACCAGAGGUGUUAGAAGAUAAUGACUAUGGCCGAGCCGUGGAUUGGUGGGGCCUUGGGGUUGUUAUGUAUGAAAUGAUGUGUGGGCGGUUGCCCUUCUACAACCAGGAUCAUGAGAAACUUUUUGAACUAAUUCUAAUGGAAGACAUUAAAUUUCCUCGAACACUCUCUUCAGAUGCAAAAUCAUUGCUUUCAGGGCUCUUGAUAAAGGAUCCAAAUAAACGCCUUGGUGGAGGACCAGAUGAUGCAAAAGAAAUUAUGAGACACAGUUUCUUUUCUGGAGUAAACUGGCAAGAUGUAUAUGAUAAAAAGCUUGUACCUCCUUUUAAACCUCAAGUAACAUCAGAGACAGACACCAGAUAUUUUGAUGAAGAAUUUACAGCUCAGACUAUUACAAUAACACCACCAGAAAAAUAUGAUGAGGACGGCAUGGACUGCAUGGACAAUGAGAGACGGCCGCACUUCCCUCAGUUUUCCUACUCUGCAAGUGGCCGGGAAUAGGUCUCUUACUUCUGCUACUUCACCGUCAUCGUAGAGUUAUUACUGAAAAUGAUUCCUGGACAUCACACCAGUCCCAGCUCUUACAGAUAGCAGGAGCACCUUCAGACGCCCCAGACCAGUCCAAGGUCUUCACCCCUCGCCGCCUUUCACUCACAUGAGAACACACAUAUACGCAAACACUCUCGACUUUUUGUUUUUGCAUGAAAUUGUAUCUCAGUCUAAGGUCUCAUGCUGUUGCUGCUACUGUCUUACUAUUAUAGCAACUUUAAGAGGUAAUCUUACAGUCUCUGGAAGUCAUGAGCCCACCGUUCAUUUGUGCACCAACUGUCAUCUUCUGACCUUUUCAGCUUUUGUUUCUCCCUAACAGUGAAGGCUACAUGAGAUACACUGAUUCUAGGUACAUUUUUUAACUUUCUAGAAGAGAAAUCAAAAACUAAUUAGACUAAGAAGAUUUAGUUUAUAAUACAGAACAAGCAGUUGAAGUGUGGUCAUGUGCAUAUGCAAAAUCUUAAUAAAGCAGAUCAGAUCAGUGCAUAAAGUAGGUAUGUGUCACUGAGAUCUGGCUGGAAUUCAUUAGGAAGCAUUUGAGAGAAGGACUGAGCAACGGUUAAGACAGAGAUAUACAUAUAUAAACUUAAAUUCCUGUUGAAUACUGCAGAGGAAGCCUGCUGUUCCACGUGGACGUCCAGAUUCCAUGGGCAGUUGUUGGCAAAGGAACACUUUCUACCAAGGAAGGAGGCAUAUGCACAGCAGAGUCAAGGUCACUUAAAGGGUCUGUGAUACGAUUUGCACCAGAGAGUAUUCCCCCCCCCCCCCCCCCGUGCUUGGAAACCUUUUUCCUUUCUUCCUACUAUCACCUCUGAUGGCUGAAGAAUGUAGACAGGUGUAAUGAUCCUGCUUUUCACCAAAAUUUGUACACCAAGGUAAACAGGCGUUUACCUUACUUGUUUUAAUUUUUUUAUUUUCAGUUCUACGUGAAUUAGCUUUUUCUUGGAUGUUAAAACUUUGAAUGUCCUUUUAUGAUUUUGUUUAUAUUACAGUAGUAUUUAUUUUUUAGUGAUAAGAAUUGUAUGUCAUGUUAGCAAAUGCAGCUCCAACUUACAUAAAAUAGACUUACUGCAGUUUAUUUUGACCCAUGUGCAAGGAAUGUACACGCUGAUGAGAACCAUGCACUUUUUCUCCUAUAUAAACAAAUUUUGAUGAGGCUCUGAAAUUGUACAUAUAGGGUUAGAGUUUGGCUUUGGGAGAAGAGAUGCUGUCAUUUAACCCCUUGGUGCUAAAAAUGAGAAAUCCCCAACUCUCCAUGCCAAGGGGUUGAAACCAGUGAGUGUCGAUGUUUGCUCUUCUGAGAAUGGAAGUGUGCUGACGGCCUGGCAGUAUACUGCAAUGAAGAAAAUUGAGACCUGGAUGAUAAGCAAUGAACUUUACUUGGCAAAAUGAACACAUCUCGAGUAGUUAACGAAGUGGGCAGUUAAAGGAUAAGGACCUAGUGUGUUUAUUCUGAUCAUGGUACAUUUAUCACUGAAUUAAGCCAUCAGGGAAAAAACAAGACAAAAAAGAACACCUCCAACUUUUCUUUUUCUGUGUAUACUCAUGUCCUCAGAUUCCAACACUUCUCACUGAAAGGGGACAUGUAUGCAAACCUCAUCUUUCUCCUUCAUUAAUGAUGAUCUUCAGAUUAAACCCUUUGGUGCUAGGAGCUGACAUUUUCCAAAGCAGCCUAUGAAGUCCAGGGGGCGGGGGGCCCUUCCUGCGGCAAUCAGGAGGCUUCCCGACUCCAUGGAGCAAUCGUGGAGAUGUACUUAGUUAAACUAUCUGGCAGCUCCCAAAUGGAAGACUGCAGCAUGGUGUAGCGCUGUGACUGCGUUGUGUGAAAGAGCAAGUGACUUUCUGAGCAGGAUGAAUCAUACUCAUAUGCAGAUGUCUUAGCCUCUUGACGCUGGAAGUGUGGAUUUAUAGAUAUGAAACCACUGCUGGCGGUGGGUGGGCCACUGGGACUGACGGGGGGUUAAAGGGCAUUUUACUAAGGCAGCUAAGACAUAUUCAGACAUAGAUUUUAUCCUAAUUUUUCAUAUUUCUACCUGAGUGAAGUUCAUCCUUAAUAUUGAGUAGGAAGUUACAGUAAAUGGUAGUUCAUUCUUUCGUACACAUAUAGCUCAACUUUUUUUUUUUUUCACUUGGAAUUAUGUUGAAUGUUUCACUUUGACAAGAAAGUAGACUAGGUCUGUCCUGUAAGUUGUCUUGUAUCCAUUGUAUAAAAAGGAAACGCAAGAGAAAGAGAGGACAGCUGAGCUGGGCUGGUGUUCAGAGCAUUCAUUUCUUCAGAGGGAAAGUAUGACACCAUACACUAAGCACACUGAGAGUUUGGGCUUUUUUCCAAAUCUUAAGGUGAUUUCCAUGACCUUGGCCAAGGACACUUCCUAAAGAUUCAAGGUAGCGUUGACCAUGCCCCAGGCUGGCUGCUCUGCACAGCAGGCUCCCCCUCCCCAGCCAGUGCCCGGGGCUCAGUCCUCAGCCCUGUACCCACUCUGAGAUUCCGUGAGUGUCACACAAGGUGUUUUCUUGGCUUCAAUCUUGAGAAUUCCUUACUUUCACUCCCUGACCUCAGUCAGCUGGUGUAGAAAAACAGAAAUGUGUUUAGAUGAAGAUUCUGAAGCUUCCCUUGUGUCUGCCCUUAGCUGAAGUUUUGGAUUCUGGCAGAUGGAAAGGCCUGAACCGGGAGCUACUCUCUUUGAGUAGAGUUCCGGCUCUGCGGACUCCAUCCUGUACCGAGUCUGCCUCUUGCCAUGAUGCAGCCAUCUUGGAGGAAAUGGGCCGUUUCUGCUUGGAUUUUCAGCAGGGCUGCUCACAGCUUUGCUUUCCACACUAACUACAUAGCAUUAUUCCAGUGUUUUCCAUUUCCCAUACCUGAUUUCCGGCUUCUUAAAGCUGACUGUUCUUGCAGGGGCCACUUGCCUCUCUUCGAGUCCAGAGUAAGGGCCCCCCCACUAACUGCAGGGUCUCUAUAUCACACCUCAGUGUACACACUUUGCUGCUACUGUUUGUACUGUCCACAGUAGAAUUUCCUUACCUUGCUCCUGGUAGUGCAUUACAGGCAAGCAUGAAAUGUAAAGUAUUUAUUUAAAUAAAAAGAAAACCUCUAAAUUGGUAAUUGAAUUACCUCCCUGUAGCUUUAUAGUUUGUGACAUUUCUUGACCUUGCUAGUUCUUUCAUUAGAUCCGCGCAAGAUCUAGUCAUCUGGUUAAGGAUUUUAAGCAGACGCAACUAUGAACCCAAGAAACUGUAUUACUAUUACUGUUGGUCAUACUAAAACUGUUUAUUUCCUUACGUAUAUGACCCACAAGGAUGUGAAAUAACGACAAGAAACUGUUUUUGUACACUGUACAUCCUUAGUAUUUUUACACGUAUAUGAUAGGGAUGCACAUUAUUUUCCUUCGUACAGACAGCUUAAAUAAAGCACUAUGUCAAUCUG